GCUCCUGUACAAUGAGAUUUUACAAACAUGUUUUAUACUUAGUAUAUUAUCUGAAUGAGAACAGCACUGCUAUAUCACAAACUGGGUCAAUAUGAACUUUAAAUCUAUUCAAACAGGAGCGUCUACAGGUCUACUAGCUGGUGUAGAUAUCGAUGUAUAUAUAGAGCCGAUCACACCACACACAGGUAAAGCACGGGACUACACUGAAGGUCGAAAUAUCACGGAGGCCAUUUUGGAUUUAGAGUGAACUACUAAUGUGAACCCGACACCAGAAAUGCUGCACCCCCGGCGCAGUGCGCAGGAAGUCCUACUGUGCGACUCCUGUGAAACUGCUCCGCUACAGAGUCACUGUGAACUGUGUAAUAUAAAUCUCUGUACUAACUGUGUAGGUAAACAUCUCUUGGAUUCGUCUAGAAAACACCGAGUCAUACCGUUCACAGAGAAAAGUUUUGCCCCUAAAGUCUACCCAAAAUGUCCGACACACGCCGACAAACAGAGCGAACUUUACUGCGAGGAAUGUGACGUUCCUGUCUGUUCUACCUGUGUCUCAAAAAAACAUAGAGGGCACAAUUUAUGUGAUGUUCUGGAAAAACUCAGCUCAAAAACGGAAAGUUUACAAAAAGAUUUAGAGGAACUAGAGAGCAGAAUUUAUCCCCGAUAUGAAGAAAUGGCCUCCGAUGUCCAAACUGAGAAAUCCGAGUUAGAAACGAAUUACGGGAAACUGACAACAGCUGCCGACCAACAAGGAGAAGUCUUACACCGGGAGGUCACCGCCAUUAUCAACCAGCGGAAAUCCGACAUCCAGGAGAUGAAACACAAACACCUAUCUACCCUGAAUAAAAAUACAGAAGAAAUCACACAGAAAAUGGCGGAACUCAAACAAAUCAUUUCCGACUUGAAAUCAAUCCUAAAAUCAAAUGACGUCUCUCUAACGUCAACGUACAAAUCUAGGAAUGGCGAGUUCCGACAAUUACCUCCGAAAGUCCGAGUCACAUUACCGAGUUUAUCUCCUCAGAAAAUUAACACAGAAAAGCUCCGUGAAAUGUUUGGUUCUCUGUUACCAUUAUCCAUUAACACAGAACAAGGCUACACAAUGAAGUCAGCAGAAGCUGUAUCGUCUCCUCCAGUCAAACCACUGCUUGAUGAGCCGCGCGUCACCGCCACCAUAGACACUGGGUAUGAUAGAUACGAACUACGCAGUGUUAGCUGUCUGAGUGAAGAUCAAGUCUGGACAUGCGGGGGUAACGAAACCAUGAAGCUGCUCAACCUCCAGAGUAAACUACUGACAUCAAUACAAACCAAGUCAGGGGACACACCGGGGGACAUAGCAGUGACACGGGACGGAGAUCUUGUUUAUACUGAUAGUAACAAUAUAAACCUAAUUAAGAAUGAAAAGAUACAGACCGUGAUCACACUACAGGGGUGGGGACCUUGCUAUGUCUGCUGUACCGCGGAUAACGAUCUUCUGGUUACCAUGGACAGUGAUGAUGGAGAACCAUCCAAAGUCGUGCGUUACUCCGGCUCCACAGAGAAACAAAGCAUUCAGUUUGAUGAUCAGGGUCGUCCUCUCUACUCAUCUGGUGGUUACAAUAAAUACCUCAGUGAGAACAAGAACCUGGAUAUCUGUGUGGCUGACUGUAACGCUAGUGCAGUAGUGGUGGUCAAUCAGUCAGGAAAACUCCGAUUUAGAUACACUGGUCAUCCCUCUAAUACCAAGCAAUCAUUUAAUCCACGCGGCAUCACUACAGACAGCCAGAGUCACAUCCUGACAGCAGACUGGGGCAAUCACCGUAUCCACAUCCUAGAUCAGGACGGACAGUUCCUCCGUUACAUUCACUGUGAUUUAGAUCUUCCAUGGGGUUUAUGUGUGGACAUCAGAGACAACCUCUUUGUGGCUGAGUUAGGCACUGCUAAAGUGAAGAAAAUCCAAUAUCUAUAAUCACGGUGUUAAUUACACAUCUCUACAGUGUUAAUUACAUCUACCAACACAGUGUUAAUUACAUCUACCAACACAGUGUUAAUUACAUCUACCAACACAGUGUUAAUUACAUCUCUGAGUGGAUUACCAGUGUUAAUUACAUCUACAAAAUCUGUCAAUUACAUCUCUAAACAGUGUUAAUUACAGCUGUGUGUUAAUUACAGCCAUGUUUUGUGGUGCGUAACUAUCCUGUGUAUUGACAGUGUAUGUUUGGAUUGUUUGUAUAUACACUACCACCAUAAAUUGCCAUUCCUUUGAGGAUUAAAUGAUGACCAAUAGAUAUAUUUGUAUCAUUGCCUAUGUCAUAUGUUCUCGAGUGUCUUUUGUCUUUGUGUUGUAUUUGUCCUUGUGUGUUUUUAUUGUUGUUAUAGGGUUGUUUCAUUGAUUUGUUUCCCACUAUUAAACGAAUCUACGACCUUAA